UAGAUAUAAAAAAUAUACAAAAAAUUUUGACAGAAACCCACAAGGUUUGGUUCUCUCUUUCCUCCCGUGGCUGUCGUCGUCCUCCGCUCCGGCCCCAUUCACUCCUCCUGCGCCUCUCCGCUCCGCACUCGUAUUUCGAUCGGAUCUCUCUUCUCUCCGGGAGGAAGAAGGAGAGGAUGGAGGCUCCUCCCGUGGUGCUGUUCGACGGCCUCAAGGCUGCUCAACCAUUCUUCUUGCUAGCUGGGCCCAAUGUGAUUGAAUCGGAGGAGCAUGUCUUGAUGAUGGCCAAACACAUUAAGGCCAUCACAACCAAGCUUGGGAUUCCACUUGUGUUCAAGUCCAGCUUUGAUAAAGCAAAUCGUACAUCAUCAAAAUCUUUCCGUGGUCCUGGUCUCGAAGAAGGCCUAAAGAUCCUUGAAAAGGUGAAGGCAACAUAUGACCUUCCAGUGGUCACUGAUGUGCACGAAAGCCACCAGUGUGAAGCUGUUGGAAGAGUUGCUGACAUUAUACAAAUUCCAGCCUUCCUCUGUCGCCAGACUGAUCUUCUAGUGGCUGCUGCUAAGACUGGAAAAAUUAUCAAUAUCAAGAAAGGACAAUUCUGUGCGCCUUCUGUUAUGGUCAACUCCGUAGAGAAAAUAAGACUUGCUGGAAAUCCAAAUGUGAUGGUCUGUGAGCGUGGUACCAUGUUUGGAUACAAUGAUCUAAUUGUUGACCCAAGGAACUUUGAGUGGCUGAGGGAAGCUAAUUGCCCAGUUGUAGCUGAUGUAACACAUGCUCUGCAACAACCAGCUGGAAGAAAGCUUGAUGGGGGAGGUGUUGCAAGCGGGGGCUUACGAGAACUAAUACCAUGCAUCGCAAGGACUUCUGUUGCUGUUGGUUGUAAUGGCAUUUUCAUGGAGGUACAUGAUGAUCCCUUGAAUGCGCCAUGUGACGGCCCAACUCAAUGGCCAUUGCGCAAUUUGGAGGAGCUAUUGGAGGAAUUGAUUGCGAUUGCUCGAGUUACCAAGGGAAAGAAGCAGUUCAAGAUUGAUCUCACUCCGUUCCAGGAAUGAUCUAGUUUGGUCGAUAGAAGGCACAGUUCCACUUUCCAUUGGUUUCACCAGUGUAAUCACUUCAGGAUGGAUUGCUCUUUGCAUGCCAUAAUUGUUAUUUUCUCAAGCAUAAGCAUAAUGGCCGUGGAUAAUUGUUAUCACUGAACUACUGAGUGGAGUGGAAACCUGUCUGGUUGGUUUGGUGGAAACCUGUCUGGUUGGUUUGUGUUGUUUCAUCAGUUGUACCAUGUUAUUGGACAAACAAUAAACUGCCAAAAUAAAACAAUUGCUGGCUGAUUACCAGCUUGAUGCC